AUGAAUACAUACCUACAUCUUGCAUUUGUGUAUUUCAAUGACGCAAGCCCCCCACUUAAAUUUAGGGUCUCGCGGGAUAUACUUUUCGUGGAUCUGAAAUCCAAACUGAAUACUCUCGUGCAAUAUCCAGAAAAUUGGAGAAAUGUCAAGCUUGAGUAUUGUUCACUCUCGUUUAACAAUGAAGGAAAGAUACAAUUCACCAUGCUUAAAUUGAAGACGAAUGAGGAUUUAAAGGUUAUGUGGAGUACAUUUUUCUAUUACUCAACAAAGGGUUCGAUUGAAGUGGAUGCGACGAUCGCAAGAUCGACUGAAGAUAUUCUAAAGAUGUUGCAAUGUCCUGAACCACCCGUUUGUAAUGAUUAUCUAUGUAAUGCUUAUUUUGAUCUUAAUUUAUGUUAUUUUUCCAUUAUUCUUCCAUUAUUUCUGGAUGUUUCUGGUUUGGCCUAA